AGUCCAACAGUUGACUUCGAGAUGGCAACUGCUUUGGAACUGAGUCCCACCGAGAUCCGCGGCCUGUGCCAGCGAUACUUUUAUCAAGAUGUUCCCAGUUCGGAAGCGGGCUUCGAUGUAAUCAACUACACUCUGAAGCCCACCUCAGAUGCUCCAGCCGGAUACUUGGGUAGCCACCUUUACCUGCACGUCACCCUGAAGCUUCACAAUUCCGAUGAGGUCAGGCAGCUCACGUUCUUCUCGAAGUCGGCACCCGUCGGGAAUGAGUCGCGAAUGGAAUACCUAGAGGAUUUUGGAGUAUUCCAAAAGGAAAUCGCUGUUUACCAGAACGUUCUACCCGAUCUUCACAAAGCCUGUGCAGAGGUGGCGCCGAAGUGCUAUUACGCGGACAAGAAUUUGUUGAUCUUUGAGAACCUUGCAGACCAGGGCUAUAGAAUGGGUGCUGGACGGGAUGGUCUGCUGAAUUAUGAUCAGCUCCAUUGCUGCCUAAAAACCUUGGCCGCCCUGCACGCGAGUUCCAUAAUCCACGAACAGAAGGGGCAAAAAAUAACACAGUCUCAGCCCAAAUCUGUUGUGGAGAAUGCCUAUCCCAGUAAUGUGUCGCCGGAGCAUCUGAGGAUGGUGAACUUUCAAAAUGCCUGUCUGGUGCUCAAGGAGUUCAUCAAACUGAUACCCAAAUAUCAGUCCAAGUUGAAUUACGUUUUGGAAAACUUUACUGAAAAGAUGUCCUUUAUUUUUGAGGCUGUCAAGACCUCGGAUGUGUAUCAAAAUACCAUACUCCAUGGCGAUUUGUGGGCCAAUAAUAUCAUGUUUCAGUAUGGCAGAUAUGGCGAGGUUCCCCUGCAGUGUCGCCUUGUGGACUUCCAGUUGGCCAGAUAUGCCCCACCUGUCCUCGAUGUGCUGACUGUUCUCACCAUUCCCACUUCAAAGGAGUUCAGGGACGCCCAUCUGAGUGAACUUCUGGCGGAAUACUACCGAUUCAUGACCGAGUUCCUUAAGCGGGCUGAUUUGGAUAUAGCUCGUUUUAUUCCAGAACAGAGUUUCUAUGAAUCCGUGGAAAAGUUCCGAAGUGUUGGCCUGAUCGAAAGCUGUUUGUUCUGUCACUUGGUUAUUCUACCACCUCACUGCACUCAGAAACUGACAAAUUCUGUCGAUGGAUUUAACGACUUUUUCACUAAGAAACGCAUUGAGAUUUGCCUGGAGGCUUUUAACACUGAUGAGUUGUACAGGAGUCGCUUGGUCGACAUGAUUGAAGACUUUGUAGAUCAAUUUGUUAUAGAUAACUAGAUUGGAAUGGAUGAGUUGUACAGAAGCCAUUUUGUAGAUAAACUUACAACAUUGUACAUAUCCUGUGAAUAAAAUUAUAUGCCUAUA